AAGUGGAUUAACUUGACUCGGUGGGUGACGUCACCACUCGGGUCCGUUAUAAACACCAGCGAGUUGUCGGCUCGCGACGCGACUUGACGUGGACUUGGCGAACUCGAGAUUUGCGUUUUGACGGAAGCGCGCCACAAGCGCAAACCUUAAACUUCCGCUUGGGACGCGGCUGGACGACGCGUGACGGAAGACAGACGAAACUCGUUCUGUCCAACGGAUGUGGGACUCCACAAACAUGGUGGCUCGUCCACACGCUGACCGGAAGUCAGCCAUGGCGGCGAAAUGAAACAACUUUUGCCGCCACUUUUGAUCCUGCUGAUCGGCGCCGGCGGGGCGUUCACGGACGCCCGGACCCUGAACGCAACGCCGCCGCCCCGACACCAUCUUGCAGGUAACGUGGAAUGGCGGCGCCCCCUGCUGGGGAGGACUCAACCUUUUGUUCUGGUUGGUGGGCAGAGGCGGAGCCUGAAGGAGGCACUGCAGGACGGUCACCCAGAGCAUCUGCAGUGUGGCCUGAAGGUCCGAGGUGAGGUCCUUGUCCUGGACCUGCAGAAAAAUCGCGACCUCCUGCCCAAAGCGCCAAACGUCUUCUUCUACCUGCCCAACGGCACUGGAAUUUCCAUGACGGACGAGCCCGUGACGCAUUGUUAUUACCACGGCAACGUAAGAGGAUUCCCAAGCUCCAGAGUAGCAAUCAGCACCUGCUCCGGUCUGCGCGGCGUGAUCGGCGUCAACUCCACGUUGAGUUUGGAGGUUCAGCCGCAGGAGCUCCGCCCCCUGCGCCACAGCAUUGCGGCGAGUGGCGAAGGGGGCGGGGCCAGCGGAGGAGGAGUUGAAGAAGAGGCGGGAGAAGAUGGAGACCACCUGAUCUUCUCCGGCGCUCACGUGGCCGACCGAGCUGCCGGGAGCUGCGGCGUUUUGCGCGGCCGCGGCGGCGCGCGCCACCAUACCGUUGCGCACCCGCUACACAGGAUAAAAAGGGACAUCCUGUCCGAGACCAAAUACAUCGAGCUGGUGUUGGUGGCGGACCACCAGGAGUUCUUGAAUUACCAGAAGAACAACAAGACCAUCAUCUACCGCUUGCUGGAUGUGGCCAAUCAGGUGGACUGGUAUUACCGGCCGCUGAAGGUGCGCGUGGCGCUGACGGGUUUGGAGGUGUGGAGCGACCGGGACAAGAUCCGCGUGGAGAAGAACCCCGGCGCCACGCUCAACAACUUCCUGCUGUGGCGGACCAGGGAGCUCCUGCCGCGCCUUCGCCACGACAACGCUCAGCUCGUCAUGGGAAGCGCCUUGGACGGCACGACGGUGGGCAUGGCGGCGCAGGCGUCCAUGUGCUCCAGAGACCGCUCGGGAGGCGUCAACGUGGACCACCUGGUCAGCGUCCUGGGUGUGGCGUCCACGGUGGCUCACGAGCUGGGACACAAUCUGGGGAUGAGCCACGACAGCCCCGAACGGCGAUGCCGCUGCGACAAUCAACCCCGCGCGGGCGGCUGCAUCAUGGAACCCUCCACCGGGUUCCUGCCGGGUCAGCAGUUCAGCAGCUGCAGCGAGUCCGACCUGUCGGCCAGUCUUCUGCGAGGCGGCGGCAUGUGCCUAUUCAACGUGCCGGCGCCCGAGCGCCUCCUGGGCGGGCCACGCUGCGGCAACCUCUACGUGGAGCCCGGCGAGGAGUGCGACUGCGGCCUGCUGGAGGAAUGCCGGGACCCCUGCUGUGAUGCGGCCACGUGUCAGUUGCGCCCUGGCGCCCGCUGCUCGUCCGACGGCGUCUGCUGCCAGGACUGCCAGCUGCGGGCGGCAGGCUCCGUAUGCCGGGAGCCCGUCGGUGAGUGCGACCUGCCCGAGUUCUGCACGGGCUCCUCCCCCUUCUGCCCGCCAAACGUCUACGUUCAGAAUGGCGAGCCCUGCGAGGACGGCGCCGCCUACUGUUACGCCGGCUCUUGCGCCAGCAUGCAUGCGCAGUGCCGGACACUUUGGGGACCCAACGCCACCGCCGCACCGGCCGUCUGCUUCUCGUCCGUCAACAAGCAAGGAAACAAAUACGGAAACUGUGGACAGCUCGCCAACGGGUCCUACGUUGCCUGCGCACCCAAUGACGUGCAGUGCGGCAGAAUCCAGUGCCAGGGCGGCCUGGAGCGCCCCCUGUUGGGCACCAACACCGAGAUCCUGACCACCACCGUGCGCUUCGACCUCCGCAACCUGGUGUGCCGCGGGACCGUCUUCCACCUGGGGGACGAUGUGUCCGACCCCGCCUCCGUGGCCCAGGGCACCGCCUGCGGACCCGGCAAGGCGUGCUUGGACCACAAAUGUCAGGACGUUUCCGUCUUCGGCGUGGACGAUUGCCACAGGAAGUGCAACGGUCACGGCAUCUGCAACAGCAACGACAAUUGUCACUGCCGACCGGGAUGGGCGCCGCCCGACUGCGCCUACGCCGGACGCGGGGGUAGCGUGGACAGCGGACCGGCGAGCGCUGCCACAGGGUCUGAUCCGGUCCUGGUGGCCCUGCUGGUGCUCUUCCUCGUCAUCCUGCCGGCGCUGCUCCUCUUCCUCGCUCUACGCUUUCCUCGCCUCCGUCGCGCGUGUUUCGCUUUGGGAGGCGGCAAACUCUCUCCCAAAUCCUCACACAACCGGACUCCGGCGACAGAGCGCUCUUCGGACCGCAACGUGGAGCAAAUUCUUCCGCUGAGGUUUGAGACCAACGUGUCAUCAUCACCACUGUCGGACAUCCCCGGAACGCCGCCGCUCAAGGAGCUUGCCAACAGGCCUGCUCCUCCCACUAAGCCACUCCCCCCCGCCCCCCCACUAAAUCCCCCGCCGCAGCGAUCGGAAUGUCGUCCGGCUCCGCCCACCAAGCCUCUUCCACCCGCCCCUCCUGCCAGAGGUGUUCAGCUGCUAGCGAGCCGACCGGCUCCACCCACUAAGCCCCUCCCCCCUGACCCAGUCUCACCCGAUCAGGGUUCACGUCCGCCCAAACCAGCGGUACCCAAAAAGCCGUCAGUUCUUCCGCCUCGCCCCCAUCUGACCGUUGCGACGACGGCCUCGUCUAACAGCCGUGGCGGUCGUCAUCCUCCAUCGCGUCCCACAAUUCCGCCAAGACCAGAGCCACGGUGACAGGACAGUGCCCCCCACUGGUGGUGGUUAUGCAUUGCAGUGCCUUCUUGCCAAAGCAGGAACCGCUUCUCAUUGGCUGUCUGCAGGAAGCCACGCCCCUUUACAGCCAUGCCUUAGCAGGAGGUCACUUGACUGACGAAUCGAAGACAAAAUAUCAAGUCCAUUUUUUGUUUUUUGUCGGAAAAGAAAUAUCAAAUGGGGAAAAAAACAAUGGCGGGAGUGAUGUCACGUCUGCAGGAAGUGAUGUCACUGACUCUUCUGUCACUUUCUGUUGCUGCUUGACCAAAUAAAAGUAAUCGAACCCUAAA